ACUCCUUUUCGAAUCAGUAGAAAUUCAGUCGCUGACUAUCCAGUGGACUUAGAUAUCGGAAUAAACAACACAGCCCAUGUCUUUUCUCCGUCUCGCGCCCAAAAAAACAAAUCUGAGGGGUGUAUCUCUCGCCGUCAGUGCGCUGCGCCCUUCGCGCGUCUGUUGGGUUAACUUGGUUAUAGUGGAGAGGCGCGCGGUCGCCGUUACGCACUUCAGCGGAACACCGAGCUCAGGAUGGCCGAGAGUCACGGCGAGAUCAGCGGCCACGACUGUCGACUGCCUCCCGCUCACACCUUCAACCACAGAUCCUCCAAGUGGGUCCGUUUGAACGUCGGCGGCACGUAUUUUCUGUCCACCAGACAGACUCUCUGCCGGGACCCCAAAUCAUUCCUGUUCCGCCUGUGCCAAGCAGAGCCAGACCUCGACUCGGAUAAGGAUGAGACGGGGGCAUAUUUGAUUGACAGGGAUCCCAUGUAUUUCGGGCCUGUACUGAAUUAUCUGAGACAUGGAAAGCUGGUCCUCAACAAGAACCUGACAGAGGAAGGAGCUCUUGAAGAGGCGGAGUUCUACAACAUCACAUCGUUAAUAAAACUCAUCAAAGAAAACAUCAGUGAAAGAGAUGCUAAGACGAUACACACGCCAGUCAAGCAUGUUUACAGAGUUCUGCAGUGUCAAGAGGAAGAACUGACGCAGAUGGUCUCGACCAUGUCGGACGGAUGGAAGUUUGAGCAGCUUGUCAGUGUAGGUUAUGGGCGGGCCCAGAAGUCAGAGUUUUUCCUGAUUGUGUCUCGGGAGGUGAAGGGGGAGGAGUCAAGCCAAACUCACCCCGCCCACAGUGGAGAGUUGGUGAGUAUCGGCUCCUCCUAUAACUACGGUAGUGAAGAUCAGGCGGAGUUCUUGUGUGUUGUUUCUAAGGAACUGCACAACCAAUCGUAUAGCAGCAGCUCCCAGCCCAGUGAGAAAGCCAAGAUCCUACAGGAGCGCGGCUCUAGAAUAUGAGCUUCUGUCUGAUAUAUCUGAGACGUAUCCGUUCUUUCUAGAAGCUUCCAUGAGCUUGUUCUCUUCACGCGCACCGACAAACUGAAGCACGCAAGCAGCACGUGAAGAGCAUGUCCACUUAAGGUGCCUGGAAUAAAAACGGGGAUGCUUGAUUUUUGAUCUUUAUGGAUUCAUGGACUGAUUCUGAUCGACAGGAACUGAGAAACUGGACCAUUGUAAAUCUCAGGGAUCAAAAGGAAACGGCGACGUCACUCUGAAUCACUGUCCACCUGUUACAAUCACAAUCACUCUGUCCAACAGUGAUGCGUUUUCUAGUUUAAAACAAAUAGUCUUAGUUUCAAGUGUACAAACAAACCUGAUGAUCAAGUUCUCCUGUAUGAUAUGAGCUUUAGUAUGAGUCACAUGAUCAAUGACUUUUGGUUGACACUGUCAUUUGAUUUGUAUAACCAACCAAUAGUUAAUAGGGAUUUUGAAAAUCGGCUGCAACUUUGCUGUAACGCCACGGUUGAGCACAAGAGUAACAUUUCCUAGUGUGAGAUUUCAAAAGUUUGGGGUCUGUAAGAUUUUGAAAUAUUUUUGAAAAGUCUCUUCUACCAAACCUUAAUUUAUUUCAUUUAAAAAAUAAGGUAAAAACAUUCACCAUUGCGAAAUAUUAUUACAAUUUACAAGGAAUUGUUUUCUAUUGUAAUAUAAUUUCAAACGUAAUUUAUUUUAGUGAUCAA